GCUCACAGACCUGCCUCAGAACUGCUGUCAGGAAAGCAAGCUUCUGGUGGGGCUCAGACCUGGUUGAGGAGCUGGCAGAUUUGAAAAUGAACCCCACGGAUAUAGCAGACACCACCCUGGAUGAAAGCGUCUAUAGUAAUUACUAUCUCUACGAAAACAUCCCCAAGCCUUGCACCAAAGAAGGCAUCAAAGCGUUUGGGGAGCUCUUCCUGCCCCCUCUCUACUACUUGGUCUUUCUGUUUGGUCUCCUUGGAAAUUCUGUGGUGGUGCUAGUCCUGUUCAAAUACAAGAGGCUUAAGUCCAUGACUGACGUGUACCUGCUCAACCUUGCCAUCUCGGACCUGCUCUUCGUGCUCUCCCUCCCUUUCUGGGGCUACUAUGCUGCAGACCAGUGGGUUUUUGGACUCGGUCUCUGCAAGAUCAUUUCCUGGAUGUACUUGGUGGGUUUUUACAGCGGCAUCUUCUUCAUCAUGCUCAUGAGCAUUGACAGAUACCUGGCGAUUGUGCAUGCGGUGUUCUCCCUGAGAGCGAGGACCUUAACUUAUGGGGUCAUCACCAGCUUGGCCACGUGGUCUGUGGCUGUACUGGCCUCCCUUCCAGGCCUUCUAUUCAGCACGUGUUAUACCGAGCGCAACCACACCUACUGCAAGACCAAGUACUCUCUCAACUCCACAAGGUGGAAGGUGCUAAGCUCCCUGGAGAUCAACAUUCUCGGAUUGGUGGUUCCCUUGGGCACCAUGUUGUUCUGCUACUCCAUGAUCAUCAGGACACUGCAGCACUGCAAAAACGAGAAGAAGAGCAAGGCGGUGAGGAUGGUCUUUGCUGUGGUGGCCCUCUUCCUGGGGUUCUGGACACCUUACAAUGUGGUGCUCUUCCUGGAGACACUGGUGGAGCUGGGGGUCCUUCAGGACUGCACCUUUGAAAGGCACCUGGACUAUGCCAUUCAGGCCACAGAGACCCUGGCUUUCGUUCACUGCUGCCUUAAUCCAGUCAUCUACUUUUUCCUCGGGGAGAAAUUCCGCAAGUACAUAGUACAGCUCUUCAAAACCUGCAGGGGGCCGUUCAUGCGCUGCCAAUACUGUAGGCUCCUCCAGCUCUACGCCCCCGACACUCCCAGCUCCUCCUACACGCAGUCCACCGGGGAUCACGAUCUCCAUGAUGCCCUGUGA